AUGACAACGGUGAAUGUGUACAAUGUGGAACAGCUGAACAUUCAUCAACAUUAUCCACAACAAGCGGGAGAAGGUGGAAGUGGAGGAGAAGAGCAAGAUGAAUGGGGUCUCUCCUUUGAAGCCAAUCCGUAUUUCCCGGCUCCUCCCGGUCCUUUCUACACAAACGAUCCUCAUUUCCAAGAACAAGAAGCAAUUGGAGUUCUUCAACCACAUUUUCCAUUUGAGCCCACAGAACUGGGAGUUGGUUGCUCGUCGGAUUUGUCCCUUUCACAUCAAAUUCCCUCUUCAAAUUUGCCUGAUAUUUGCAAUCUAAUGAACAAGGAGGAGAAAAGUGAGGGACUUUUGAAGGCACCGGAAACAAUGCAUUAUUAUGUGGACCCACUGACGGUGGCCUCCGGUGCCGAGUUGACGGCCGUGGAAAAGAUGGAAACAUUGGAAACAUCGCAGAAUUCGGCGUUUAGCUCAACGAAUCACAUCGAUUAUUCCUCAUUUCUGCCUUUCCCUUCACCAGCCACGAACAGUGGAGACAGCUUUUCUUACGUUUGCGAUUACUCGAGUCAGCUGCCGACUCAGUAUGCGUAUGAUUAUCCGCUCUAUUCGGCUCCAAUCAUCUACACGAGUGACAUCUACACAUCAUCUCCGCCAACCCAGACAUCCACAAUUCCCGCAAUCAUCUCGCCGACAAUAAAAAUCGAACAUUCACCACCGCCACAGGAUCCUCUAGCGAAACCGCCACAAAAGAAGAGAAUUCAGGCAGUGAGCUGUCACUCGAACUCGGUGUGCGCCAAUUGUGGGACAAGGGACACGACGUUGUGGCGAAGGAAUCAUAUUGGAGAUAUUGAGUGCAAUGCCUGCAAUCUCUACUAUCGGAAGAACCAAAAGCGUCGACCGUUGAGCCUCAAAAAGGACACAAUUAUGAAGAGAAAUCGAAAACCUCGAUGCGAUUCACCGCUCGGAAUAACUUUUCGA